GAGGCUCGUGAUGAUAAAAUGAUCGCCGUAUGCUACUCCGAAAUGAGGAAAGGAAAACGGGAAACGCACCCGGCCUGUGGAGAGCGCGCCCAGGCCCUUGGCUCCCGCCAUUGUAUCUUAUCAACACGUGACACUCACUCUUGGUUACGGUAUUUCCAAAGCUGUUCCGCCGCGACGCGUCGUUCUGUCACCUCAAUACGAAGUCUGCCGCCAACAUCAGCUUUAUCCCGUCGAUAGUCGUGGUACCGGCCUCGUCUCGGAAACAUGCCGCGCCACGUUGACCAGGACGUGCAUACGUCUUUCGUUGAAUUUCGCGCUGCUGAUGACCAGAAAUGCGUUUCCGUGCAGUGCCUUUUUUGCCAGCAGGUCAGAGCGAAGAACACGACCCGCCAGAAGCAGCACCUCCUCCAGUGCGCUCCCUACCUCCAAGCCCACCCCGACGUCGCUCUCCAAGCUUCGGCCGCAUCGGCGGCAGCAGCAGCAGCAGCAGCCGCAGCUCCCGCUCCCGGGCCACAGGGACAUGCACCUCCUCCGCCCCCUCCACACCCGGCAGCCCACGAUGCACAACAACAUCCACAACACCCCCAACAUCCACCGCACCCGCCCCCCAUCCCCCCCAUCCCGCCCGUUGUCCCUUCGUACGGUCACGAUGAGGUCGCGAGCGAUCACACCAACUUGAGCUUCAUGCCCAAUCCCCGGAUCAAUGGUUCACCUAGCCAUAGCCGCCCGUCACUCGGGGUCGAGGGGACACCAGCAGCCAAAAAGCAAAAGACGAAGCAGUCUCCGGCUUCAAACCUACCGGAGAUCCCCCUUCGCGACGUCCACGCAGCCUUUGUCGAGUUCCGGGCCAAGGAGGAUGACAAGUGCAUGUCCGCUAGAUGCAUCUACUGCAACCAAGUCCGCGCUAAGAACACGUCGAGGCAGCGAGAGCAUCUGACGACGUGCCUUGGCUACCAGGCAGUGCUGAAAGAUAAGAUCCCGGCCAACAACCUCCGCCACCAGUUCGACGAGGAUGACGUUGCGAGCUCGCUGGCACUGCCCGCACCCGCUCUCGAUCUCGACUUUCGAAUGAGCAUCAAAGUCAAGCCAAAGCUCAAUGUGGGCCCCGGCCCGGCCGGUCGGCAGAGCUGGAUAUCGUGUACCGGUGGGCUGUGGGCCGGAAGCUGGGGGAAGGGCGUGCUUUUGCCGAGUGGACAAGAUAUACAAACGACUGUCAAGGACACCGCCAUGCGCAUAGACGCCCGGUACCUGAUGCAGACCAACGACGAGCACCCCGCGCUGAUCAUCUGCAAGGUCACCGGAUGGCUGACCGGUGAACGGGACGUCAUGGAGAGGUUGCAAGACCCUGUCGCCGCCGAUAAUGUCGCCGCCCACCGGUACCGGCUCCGCGUCACCAUGGAGCUCGAGACGGGUGACGAGCGCUACCAGGAGAUAAACACGGGCACCUGGCUCGGCAGCGGUUGCCGCCGGGGUGCCGAGAUUGUGUACGAUGCUUACCGUCUCGGCUGAACGGUGCGGUGAGGUCGGCCUCCAAUUGUAAACCAUGGGAGGAUCCAUCUCGUUACAUCGGUCCGCUUAUCCUCUUCCCUUUGCCAUACUAUUGGGGUUCCGAAACUGUAAUCUCUAUUUUUUUAGGAGUUCGGCGUGAAAUGGAUGGGAGGGCUUCUUUUCGAAAAGGCGGUCUAUAGUUGCUAAUCCACCAUCCCCUCGCAUCAAGUUCUCAAUGGUCGUCUCCACGCAGAUGUGUUUCGAGCCCAUU